CUGGACCUUUGUUGUUUAAAAUUUGUCAGCAUUACGAGAAAAAAUAACAAGAUUGUUUGAAGUAUUCAUGAAAACAAACAAAACAUCAUAAGGCAAAUAAAACAUUUUGAAAGGAAGGAAGAUUGUAAUGUUUUUAAACAAUAUCUUCAACUUUAUAAUCCGACAAUUUUGGUUGUGCAUACAAUACACAAUACAUACAGAUGACAGAUCUAAAUUUGCAAAGAAUUCCACACAUGCAGGAAUGGUGACACAAAGAAAAUUAAGUAUUCGUAAGGGCAUGACCGAAAGACAAGUCAAAAGAAGACGACGCAUUAACCAUAUGAUUGACGCCAUUUUAAAUGAAUCACACAUUAAACCAAUUGAAUGCCCUUACCAGUGUGGUGAAUUUGGUCACCCUGACGAGAUCAUCAAGCACAAAAAGAAUUGUCCCAAUCAAUUUGUUGAUUGUUCAUUUUACUUGGCAGGGUGUCAUGCGCAGAUGAUGCGAAAGGAUGUAGCAAAACAUAACACCGCAUGUAAAGAAAUUCAUGAAUUAUUUAAACGUAUUGACGCGUUAGAGAGUUUUCUCAUAAACAUAAAAACAGAAACAUUUGCUCUGUGGAAUCGUUUUCAUGUUAUGGAUAGAAUGUUUUUAAAGUUUACCAAAUGGAUGGCAGCUACAGCCGUGUCAUAAGUAUGCAGAAAAUUUUAAACAAAGUCUUAGAAAGACUAAAAAUACUUUUAUUUAGUCGAAAAUAUGACAAGUCAAAGAAAUAUGCUUCAUAGAGAAGAAAGAUUAUCAACUUUUUUUGUCUUUUUUGACAUUUUUUUUAUUUAUUUAUUUAACAUUAUUUAGUGACGUAAAGUUGUAAUAUAACAUACUACUUAACUAAAGUUUUUAGCUAAGUUUGAAUUAACAAUUGCAUUUAUAACUU